GCAUUCGCAGCCUUCGAACACAAACCACCAGCCCAUCAUGAGUAACGCACCGCUUGGUGAAGAACCACCACUACAACGAGCAUGCCACGCCUACGUAUUUUGGUCGGAUCGUCGCCUGGUGACUUGAAACCUGUCCGCGCAAACACGGGCGAAGCCGUCCAUAUCUCCAACGACGCAUUUGAGGGAGACAUCGCCCUGUAUAUCAAGAACUUUGCGGAUCAGAACGGACACGUACAGGAUAGUACGUACUUCAAGCAACGUCCGAAUGUGACAUGGAGUAUCCAGGUACAGGGCCGUUUCUUGCGGGAACUUUCUGCAAAUGACAUCCUGUUUGGCAACAUCUUUGACAGACCCCUGGCGAUACCAUGGGGCUUCAGUGCCAUCCUCGCUUUUAUGCAAUACAUGGAUCCCACCCUCGAGCAAGACCUGCAAUCGAAGACCAAGCCGUGGGCACUCGCACCCCUUAUUUCUACCAUGCCAUACUUUGCGCACAUGCGCGCAGACGAGUUGCACAAAGUACCUCCGUUUCCGCCCCUUAGCCCUGUUCAGGACGACACCAAGGAACUCCGGCUAAAGAGCGGCGGGCAGCCUGAGCAUCUUCCCGCUGACAACAACCCGGAAAGUAGGCGGGCGUACUUUAGGGAUCCCGAGAACAGGAAAGCUGUAGUGUUCGGACCAAACGAUAUCAUUACAACCGACUUCUGCUAUGACUAUCUCUCUUUCAGUCCAAGCGGUGUCACGCUACAGCUGCCUGCUGGCAUGACCUUCGACAUGAUGAGAUACUGGGACGGCCAGCCAGUUCAUUUUGUCUGCUGCGAACGCGCUCCUGCAGAGCAAGAAUCUGGACAACCUCUGGGGAAGAUUUUCUGGUGUGUCGGGAUAGAGGUCCUAGAAGGCGAAGAGGAAGAAAGCGAGAAGCAGCAGAAUGAUACGGGCCAACAGGUGAAUAACGACGAUGUUGAUUAAAAGAACGCAUGAAUUUAAUGUAAG